ACCAAUCUAGUAUCUGACUGACAUAAUCCAUAAAAAAGAAGAAAAAGUGGUGUUAUGUGCUAUUUGUUUACCAUAUUUUGCCUCUCAUAAUACUUUUUAAAUAAUUGGCUCUAAGUAAUUAAACCGAGAUGGACGAGGAAGAAAUUAUUGAUGGUUUGAAAAAGCAUUUCAAAUUCGAUAAAUUCAAGUCUAAUCUCCAAAAAAAAGCCGUGAUAGAAAUUUGCCAAAGAAAACGUGAUGUGUUUGUAUCGAUGCCUACUGGAUCUGGAAAAUCUUUAUGUUACCAAUUACCGGCAGUUUUAUAUAAUAAAAAAAUUACAAUUGUAUUUUCACCACUUUUAGCGCUUAUUAAAGAUCAAAUUGAUCAUCUUACUAAUUUAAAAAUAAGAGCAGCUACAAUUAACUCUAAAGUAUCGUCUUCCCAAAGGGCUGCUAUAAUAGCUGAUCUGAAAUCAACUUCUCCCAAUAUUAGGAUAUUAUAUGUCACACCCGAACAAGCAGCAACUGCUACAUUUAAAGCUUUAUAUGAAAACCUGCAUAGGUUUAAUAAAUUGGCCUAUCUAGUGGUGGAUGAAGCACAUUGUGUGAGUGAAUGGGGGCAUGAUUUUAGGCCCCAAUAUCAAAAAUUGGGAAAUUUGAGAGAAAACGUUGAUAUUCCUUGCAUUGCACUAACAGCAACUGCAAAUGCUGAGGUUAUAAAGGACAUCAUAUCAAGUCUGAAAUUAGGUAGCAAUUAUAAAACUUUCAGGACAUCUUGCUUUAGAGACAACUUGUUUUAUGAUGUAUUUUUUCCAAAUAUAUUAGAUGAUCCUUACAAACACUUGAAGAGUUUUAUUUUGGAAUGCCUCGAUUUAGAAAAAGAAAAAUGCUAUCCCAAGGAGGAAAAAUCCUGUGGAAUAAUUUAUUGUAGGACUAGGGAACAAACAGAGAUGUUGAUGGAAAAAUUAAAUAAAAUGGGGAUAAAAAGCUUGUGCUAUCAUGCGGGAUUGAAGACCGAUGAAAGAAAAGUUUUUCAGGAAAAGUGGCAAAAUGGAGAUGUACCUGUUAUUUGUGCUACUAUUAGCUUUGGUAUGGGUGUAGAUAAACCUUCAGUUAGAUUUGUAAUUCACUGGGGAACUCCAAAGGAACCAGCUUCAUUUUAUCAAGAAUCUGGUAGGGCUGGCCGGGAUGGUAAACUAUCCAGAUGUAGAGUUUAUUAUCAAAGAUCGGACAGUAAAGCUAUUGAAUUCCAUCUAGCUCAAGAUUUAGGAAAAGCUGGAGACAAAGAAAAUAAAAAGAAAAGAUUAGAACAAGCUAUACAUGGGUUUAAAAGAAUUCUUGAAUUUUGUGAAAAUCCCUCGGAUUGUCGACAUAAAUUAUUUACUGAUCAUUUUGGAGAACCACCUCCGGAAUGUAACAAUCGAUGUGAUUAUUGUGUGGACAAAAAGAAAGUGCAACAGAUGGUCGAAAAUUUUCUUACUAAAAGUAUACAAUAUGAUUCUAGACCAACGACAUAUUCUGAAACUGAUUAUGAUGAUUUAUACGGAGAGGGACGUUUGGGACUUUCUAGAGAACAACGAGAUUAUAAUAAUGACAGUAAUAGUAAUGAUGAUUAUUCUUUUGAGAGAGAACAACAGGCAAAGAAAGCAGCUAACGAUUUUAUUAAAAAACAAUUUGCAUUAAGAAAAAACAGUCAGGAAGUGUCUCAAGAAACGGUCGACAAACUAUUUUCGGCACAUUCUCGAGUGAAAGCUGCUUCGUCAACCACGAAUAAAGUUAAAGGCUUAACAUUAGUUACUAGAGAACAAUACGUUUCGAAAUUAUUAGACGUUCUGUAUGAAAAUUAUACCAAAUGUCAAGAAGAUCCUACUUUAGACAAAAAAGAUGUAGAAGAUUGUAGCAUCGAUAUUGAAUACGAAAGUUUUACCAGUAAUACUAAUAUGACAAUGUACAGGAACUCUUUGGCUAAAAAGAUUUCUAAUAUCAAAAAGCUCACAGAAGAUGGAAUUGUGUAUGAAAAACUCUUGACUUUUGAGCCGAAACCAUCCAAAUAUGAGACAUUAUCUGAUUUAUUUAGAAACAUCAAGAAAGAACAACAGUUAAAAAAAUUGGAAAGUAGAGAAGAAAACGUUUUACCUGAAUUUAAAACGGCGAGGCAAGUACACGAGAGUUAUAAAGAUAAAUUUAGUAAUCCCCAGACAAAAAUAAGUGGUUUCUUCAAAAAAGCUUCUGAACUUUUGGAAGGUAGUCAGGUUAGAAGUGAUCAAUCUAGUUCAAAAUCAUCAGAUAUGAGUGCCAAAAGGGACUUUAAAUCACUUUUCGGGGAUGAAUCGGAUGACGAACAAAAUGAUAAAAGGAGUACAGAUUCAGUAGAAAAACAAGAUGAUAAACAUGAGAAACAUCAAAAAGAAAAACACAGACACAGAAGCAGUAGUGAUAAGAAAGAACACCAACAUAAAAAAAGGAGCCACAGUAGUGAUAGAAAAGAUGACAGAAAAAGAAUGAAAGAGGAUGCCUCAAAUGAAAAUGGCAAGAAGAAGGAAUCGGAAUCGGGUCAUAGACACAAAUAUAAAUAUGAAGAAAAAAGCAAUGGCAGUGAUGACAUGAAGGACACAGAAACUUCUCUGCAAGUCUGGCAAGAAGAGAAAAAAGACUUGAAACCUGAAAGAUCAAAAACACCAGUGGAAGAUUGGGAGGAAGAAGAAAAUAAACAAAAGUUAGUUAGUAAGGGCAUAGAGACACAGAAGAAAGAGGAGAGUUAUCAACAAAAAAUAAAUAGUGUGCAAGGAAAAGUAGAAAAUUACAAUGAGGAAAAUCAAAAAGAAAAGUCGGACUUAAUAGAUAUCAAAAACAAAGACAAAACUGAAGAACUGAUUGAGCGUGAUGAAGAUUGCAACAACAGUCUCUCAAAAAAUGACAGGGUCAAUGAAGUAACUCAAAGAAAUAAAACAAAAGAAGUCAAUAAACCUCAUAAUAUAUCAGACAAGAGGAAGAAAAACAGAUUAAAGAAAGUGGAAGUCGGUGGUUUGGUAGUUAAGUUACUUACACCUGCCUACACGGAAAGGAGGUUUGAAUCAAGAGACAUUUUUAAGACUUUGGCUAGGAAUAUAUCGCAUGCCUUAGCAGAUAAAGAUGAACAUGAAAUUAAGGAAUAUGUUAAAAGAUUUUUAGAAAAAAAUGAAGAAAUAACUGCGAGAACAACUUUAUAACCACAAUGUUUCUGAAAUGUUUUCAAAAAUGUUUACUUAUAGUUAAAAUAAGUAAUAGGCGUAUAAUACAAAAUUUAAUGCUUUUUUCAAACCGUUAGUUUAAUUAUUGUGCUCAGAUUCAAAGUUUGAUCGAUUCAAACAGUUAUUUUACACUCUGAGAGUGUGGUAAAGUAAUGGUGAAAGGUAUACAUAUGCCACCGUUCAAAAGUUUUGAAACGCUAAGAUAAAUUAAGAAAUUAGAAAAUUUUUCAAAUAAAUUUUAUCUAUUUUGCUCGAUUUUACUUGGGCUUAGGUUAUGAACUUGAGAUAAUUAUAACAAAAUUCAAUACAUGGAGUGAUUGGUGCUUGAAAAAUCUUUGAAUUAUUUUUGGUCAACAAUAAAUUCAAAUCAAAAUAUAUAAAUAAUAUAUCAGUUAAGUUUUUGAAAAUUUUUUCACAUACAAAAGUUACUAUCCAAAUUUUAUUGACAUAAGUAGCAUUAACGACAUUCUUUUGGAAGAUUCUGCAAUGAAGAAUGCUGCAGAAGGUUGCUUCAAGAUGAGUCUUUCUUGUUUCCAUAAAUUUUAGAUGUCAUGUAGAAUUGAACUGAAUUCACUGAGUAAGCUCUUUUCCAAUAAAGUUCAUUAAGAUUUAAGCACAGAAUUUCGUUCAUUAUCAUUGUUUCCAUGCUGUUUUGAUAUCUUCGUUAGAAAACAACCUACCAUUGAGUUUUUCGACUAUUUCUGUUUGUUUUAUAGGGUUUGACAUAUACCAAGAUUUUUAGGGAAACCUAACUUAGGAAACACCAUGCUGCCAUUUAAACUCUAUUAAAUAUGGGUCCACUUCCUGCGCUUGUGAACCCCGAGCGCCCCUGACGCUCGACCCUUUUCGGACCUUCUGUGUACCUGCUUUUUAUUACUGUUGUAGUGAAAAACAAUUUCAAAUUAUUACAUCAGUGAAUAAGAAAUACUGAUUAAAAAACAAGGAAAUACGUUUUUGGGUGACGAAAACCUGAGCACUUUGAGAAUAUUACUAGGCAUAAUUUGAUUAUUUUAAUUUUCUGUUAAAUUUAUGAUGAUUUUUCGUGCAAUAAUGCUUUUAUCAUCAAUAACUACGCAAAAACAAUUGGACAUAAAUAAAUAAUUUCACAAGAAAUACAAUAUCAUGAAUAAACUAUUUUAAAAAAACCGCUAAUCAGUAACAAUUACAACUAUUUUUAACUUUGUUCAACAAUUUACAUUAUCACAAUUUCAGUACAAUAAUAUCAAAUGCUCAAAGUGUUGCCCUUGAGCAGUUAAAUAAUAACUUAACCUAUUGUAACUAUUCAUAACGUUUAUUUUGACAUUAACUCUUCUAAAUUUGCAAAAGAUUUCCCUGUGUACAAACUGUUUUAAUGACGGGAAAAGAAAAUAGUCACAAGGGGCAAGAACAGGAGAUCUAAAUGGCCAAACCAUCUCUUGAUUGCAUAGCCCAAUACAGCGAUUCAGGAACUCCCGAUUCAACAAGGCUGUUACCGCCACGGUGUUAUGAGCCGGGCAGCUGUCUUGUUGAAACAAAGCAGAAAUCUGAAAACAAUUUCAAACAGAUAUAUAAUGUGCUCUUAAAUUUUCUUCCAAGUGAAAAAUGUUACUUUUUUUUAUUUAAUUGACUUACUCCAAUGCGACUUUCUGUUUGUCGAUUAGAGUAGUUGAAAAUACUUUUCACCAAUCAAAUUUUCUUCGAUUCCUUUCCAAACGUUGAUUUUUUUUGGCAUUGUCGAUUCACAUCAAGUGUUUUUUUGGGGCUAUAUCGACCAGUAGUCUACGAUUGGGAUCUGGUAAAUGACAAAUGUCGAUUCGUAGCUGAAGCAGAUGUGCAGAUUAUCAUGAUCGUCGUUGAUCUUGUCCAUAGCAUCUUAGCAGAAGUCCAUUCGGCGAACAUUAUCAUCUCUGAUUUGUUGGUUUUUUAAAUCAGUAUUCAAUAUUUACUGUUGUAAUAAUUUAACAUAGAGUUUAAAUGGCAGCACGAUGUUUCCUAUGUUGGGUUUCCUCAAUAUUUUAAAUAUAUAUCCGUUUGGUUAUGAAAUAGUUAUUAUCGGCUCCAAUAUUUGCCUCUUUGGAGUGGUGAAUGUUUUUAUUGAUGAGAAGACACUGAUAAUUUCCCUACAUUUAUAGUAUGUUUUUACUAUUUUCCAUUAAAAAUAGAAGUAUCACAACUUUUUAAUCUCAUGUCUUCUUCAUGUCUAAAGUAUUUUUUCAAACCAUACAGUUGCCAAUUUUUGUAAAACAUAUUUGUAUUAAUUGUUGAACUUGAACGUUAAUGAGAUGCAGGUAGUAUUUUGGAUAACCGGUGGUGUAUUCAUAUAAUUGUUUUGCAUACGGGGUAGUGACGGUUUACAAGAUUAGAACGAUCUAGAAACGAUAAGUAGAAGAGAAGAAGAAAUCGAGAAUUACCGAAAUCCCGUAAUAUCAUGUAUAAGAAAAAUAAAGGCAAGUGAACGACAAUCAAAAAAGUGAAGAAUGUUAUAUUUCUAGACAAUUUUAUGGCAAAUUUUAGCAAGUUCACAGCAUAUAUAAUUUACAGAUUUUGAUAUAAUAAAAAUUUGAUUUUUGGUAGAAAAAAUUGUUGUAAAACUUUUUGUAAUAUUUUGUCACACAUAUGACAAUUUUCUCUUUUCUUCAAAGAAAAGAUGCGUUUCUAAACUUUUUUACGGUAUGGUUGUGGAUACAUUACAAUAAUUUUAUAUAUUAUUACAUUAUAUAUGCAAAAUUUAUGUACUGGGUAACCAAAUAAGCGAAGCAAGUGCUUAACUUAACAAAUAAACGUGGAAGCGAUCAUUUACGACCUUUUAGUAAAAAUUAUUGUUAUGAAAAUGGCCAAGAAAAAUUAUCAAAAAUUAUUUUCAAGUUUGUAAAAUUAACCUAAAUAGGGUAUAUACAAAUAAAUGAGGGGUUACAAUUCCAUUCAGCAACGAUGUAUAUCUUAUUUCCUUCAUUCGGAAGAAAUUUAAAAAAAUAAAACGGAUAAGACGAAUUUUGACUUGAAUGCUUGCAUAUGGCAAGUUAUAGAAUGAUAAAAUACAUUACAAUAUGAAGAUCUUAUCUUUUAUUGAAACUUGUGUUAAAAUAUAAACUCCAAUACCAAAACCAUUCUCACAUUUUUUAACUGUUUUCACUCAGGCCUCCGUCACAAAACUCGUUGUUUUCAGUAUCUUCAUUCUAAUCUUUCAACGUUAUUCUGCUCUUCCAGAAAACCUUUAAAAAAAUUUAAACGAAACAAAUUCUUUUAUAGGAAUCUUUUUUUUUCCAAAAAGACGUUCUCGAAAUAUUGUCUUGCUAUUAUUACUGAAGGGGGUAUUCUGGACUAGAAGCCUAAUCAGAGAUACUUUUGAUAAAACGAAACAAAUUCUUUUAUACAAAUUUUUUUUCAAAAAGACGUUCUCGAAAUAUUGUCUUACUAUUAUUACUUACUUGGGUAUUCUGGUAGAAGCGUAAAUUUUAGGCAUUUUUUAAACUAAUGUAAAAAAUGGAAAACACUUGUACUAUCUUUUUUUUUAUAUUUAUUGACUUUUAAAAACAUAAAAAAUUGUAAAAAACUCAGAACUUCAAUUAAUUACGGGCCGGUGAAGUGGGGGUUACAAAAAAUUGGUGCACCCUGGUUGACAUGAUUCCAACCCUUGUAGUGAUCUGGAACGAAAAAUAUUUGAAAAAUUAGACUUAUCCAAAAAAAUCAUAAAAUGGCGUCGAAUCGGUCGGGUAGAACCUGAGAUAUCAUAUCAACCACUUGCAAGAAAAAUGCGUUUAAAGUUAAAGAAACAUAUGCAGUAGAAUAACUCGUUCCGUUCGGCCGACUAGACUAGACGCUACAUCACAAAAUCUACUGUAUCUCCGGAAAUAAUGCGAAUUUUGAAAAAUCCGUUUAAGGUCAUAUUCAUAAAAGUCUUGCUUUGAAUUUAUACAAAAAAAUCGAUUUUUGCCAAAUUUGAAAAUACAAAAAGAUGGCCGCUUUCUCGUUUAUUUGACGCCCUGCACAUAAAUUUUGCGUGCGAUUUGACAAAUGCCGUAUAUAUUUCAAAAUGAUGUAAUGAAUUAACUAUACAUAAUUAGCCAAUAGUAUUUAUUUAUGAAAAUCGAUAUUUGUUUUCCUCAUUUUCCUAAUACUUUUUUAUUAUUCAUUUUUUGAAAAUUUUUUUUUGGUUUUAUUUUAGAAUGUUCUUUAUACAGUGAUUCCUUCUUUUAAAUUCAUCAAUUUUAUUUUUAUUUACAUGAUAUACAUCAGGGUUAGUCAAGAACAUUACAAUAUAUUUUUAUUUAGAUCACAUCCGCAUACCAAUAUAAUCAGGAUAAGUAAUUUCAGUUAUUUUACAGGGUAUGGAUGUUUGGGAAAGUUCGAUGUUACCUUCUCUAUUUUAUUUAUUUUUACUGUUCAAAUUUCCAGGUAUUAAUGUAUCAGAGGGUAAUAACAAUAUUUCGGAUAAUAAUGAAUUGAGUUUUCUCUAAAAUUGUAAUACAAUUAUAUACAGGUAUGAGAAUUUUUUUUUGUACUUUGUAAUGGUGUUUGCAGCUUCUCUGUUUUUCUUAAUACUAAGUUUAGUGAGUCUCUGACUUACGGAUUACGGUGUUACAACAUCAAAUAUUUAAUACAAAAUUACGAAUAAUUGUACAUUUAUUUACAAUAAUUAUUCAAAUUCAAAACCUUUCGGUUACCCGUCAGUAUCCUAAUCUGUACAUUGGCUAUUAUCCAAUCUUCUAGUUCUUAAAGAGUUUGAGGUAAAUCCUUAUAAACUAUAGACUUCAAAUAGCACUUGAAAAAAACAUAUAGAGGAGAUAAAUCCGGUGAGAGUUUGCAGAUAAUGUCUAACCCUAGCAAAAUUACAAGGUGAUGCUGAAACCAAAUUUGGUAUCAAUCUAUCACAGUUUAAUGCGAUUUUCAGAAAAAAUUGUCCAAUUCCACACCAAAUGUUCAGCUUCUGUGGAUAUUAUGUAUGACCUUUCACCCAACACGGAUUAUUAGAUUUUAGAUUAUUGUGGUAAGACGUUUUGGCUUUACAGCAACUUUGCACGUAUACCUAGAAGAUAUUUUGUACAAGACUCUAUAUCAUAUUGUUCUGCUUCCAAAAUACAUAGACUUCUCCCUAAGGAGGCUAUUUUUUUGGUAUUUUGUUUCCCACAUCCCUAGGUUAUAGUACUACUACUAGAUGCUCUGGUGAUAAUUUACUGAUUCAAGCAAAAUUCGAACAACCUAAAAAUGAGCAAUUCGAAGAGAUGGCAAUUUAUUUCUGUUGUGUAAUAAAACAUCUUAUAAGCUUUUUGUAGAGCUGUUAAUGAAUAAACGCUAAGACCACAAAGUAUGCCAAUUUCUUCGAACAUACCUUUUAUGUUGUUACAAAAACAAAGUCCAUAUUCUUUUGUAAAAAAAGUUGUGAACGUUUUAGGCCUAGUUCACUGAUCUGCGAUAUCAACAUGAGCAAGUAAAUACCACUGUUUUAAACAAGAGGCCAAAAGCUCUGCUUUAUUUUUCUGCAAAUUCAUAUUUCUUAUCUAGUCGUUAGAAUCUUCUGUAGUUAUAAGAUGGUGUUUUUGUGGUUCUGGUGUAGGUAAAAAUUCUUUAUCAGAAUGGUCGGGUCAGGUCAUGUGCAAUUGGAACAGAACAAGAUUCAAGAUCGGGAUGUUCAAUAGACAUGUACAAAACAUCUGAUCAUUGUUUAUCACUCGAGCGCCAUCUGAAGGUGCGGCGUAAAUGUAAAAAACCUACUCUGAUAUCGUAGUAUUUUUAAAUGUAUUAUAACUAAUUGAAAUUUAUAAAAAAAAUUUGAAAACUUAUAUCGAACUGUAACGGUGUGGUUGGUAGUUGAAGUGCUUGAUUUCCAACUCGGAAAUUAGAGGUUCAAAUUCUCUGUAGAACGAAAUUUUCCAUUUGCUCUUUAUCCAAAGGUGACUUACAAAAAAACCCACAACAAGUGAAGCUAAUAUAAGCGUCUUAAAAUAGACAACCAAAGAUACAUAAUACAGGUCCAACACCAUCACGGAGCCGUCACAGGUCACUUUCCCCAACUAACAAAUGGAUUCGAUAACCGUAAUCCGUAAGUCUUAUCAUAUAAUAUUCACAGAAGCUAAACGUUUCGUGGGGAAUAGUUAGAGGAAUGGAAAACACAUUAAACGGUGAUAUUAACAAAGUUCACGAGAUUUCAUUCGUUUCGUUUCCCUAUCGUCCCUACUGUCUCAGCACUAUGGUGCUCCACCUCGUAAUGUUGCUAGGGUUAGACAAUACCCUAAAAUUAUAUUUCCUACGGGUGAGUCUAAGUGGUUUUAUUGACUGGCCAGCAAGGUCACCACUGUAUUUUUUUCUAUGGGAAUAUUUGAGGUCUAUAGUUUAUAAGAAUUUAUCUCAAACUUUUUAACGUAUGAAAUGAUUCAAAGUUUUCUAAGGUCAUUUGUUGAGAGAUUGGGAUACUGUUAGACAGCCAAAGGUUUUGAAUUUUAACAAUUAUUGUAAUUAAAUAUGGAAUUUGUGUUAAUUUUGUAUUGUAAUGUUUUUCUCAUUUAUUUACACUCUUUCUAUUCGUGGGGUAAAAUUAUAAACACUGUCCCUCACUCAUUUAAUUUAUUUAAACACUUUACACUACACUUAUAUUAUAAUCAACUCAUCACUAAUACAUAACUAACUUAUAUAAUUUAUUCAAAUUCUUCUGUUACUUCUCUAUUUUGUUUCCUUCACUAUGACCAUUUAUUAUAAACUAACUGCGCUAAAUAAACUCGUUUAUAUAUCCAAAACGAACUUCUCAAAACUUCUAGAAAAUAAAGAAACAAAACAAAUAAAUAAAUAGACCGAAAAGGGCUGGCUUCAUGUCGGGAACGAGUACAGUAUUAAAUAAAUAUUUUACCUAAGUUACAAGAAAAACAAUUAGAGCCUUUUAUAACUUUAACGAGAUCAUGGUGCUCCAACUCAUAAUACUAAUAGGGUUAAACUUUAGACAAUACCUAAAAAUUGUAUUUCUGAUGGGUUGGCCGAAAAACUUAUAUUAAGUGGACCGGAUUUAUCUACUGUAUUUUUUGUUUGGGACUAUUUGAGGUCUAUAGUUUAUAAGAAUUUACCUUGAAAUCUUCAAGAACUAAAAGGUCGAAAGGUAGCCGAAGGUUUUCAAUUUGAAAAAUCAUUGUAAAUAAAUGUUCAAAUAUUGUUAAUUUUACAUCAAAUAAAUAUUUUUUGAUGUUGUUAAACCGCAAUCCGCAAGUCAGAGACACACUAAAUUCAGCAAUAUCACAUUUAAUCAAACAAAAAUUCUAAAUACGAUGCAUUUAAAAUAUUACCCGAUAAUGUCGUUUUUCAAAAAAUUUGACAAACAGAUAAUCUGCAAACAGCGUAUACAAAAUAUACAAAAAAUUCGGUGAUUCACUCGUUUUAUCCUGUAUAUACUGAACACACUUUUUACAGUAUCAUUAAACUAACAUUCACAAUUACACUGUAUGACGCGCAUUUCGAUAACCAAGUUAUCGACUUCAGAGACUGAAGGUAAACUAAAACCUAAUAACUUACUGUUUUACACUGAAUUUUCCCACCAAUACAACUUUUCCCGCUAAAGUUGAUUCCAGCGGAAAAACCUCAACAUUAUUAGAUUUCAGUAAGUUUUCAAUGUCUGCGGGAUCGGCACGCUGGGAAAUAAUGAACUUAAAUCAAAGGAGAUUGAAAUUUCCCCAUCUUACAUUUCUGUAGUUUUUAUUUUAUUGAUAAUUCUAACGAAUUCUUUACUGGAAAACUAUCAGGUUUGAUGGGUAGGUUUUCAAAGGUGUACAAAUUGUUGAAACAAUAGUUUUUAUUUCUUUCCCAGUUUUCCCCGAUGGAAUUAAUUUUCGCGGGGGAAGUUGUGUGAUAAUUCAGUAUAAAACAGGUAAGUCGUGUUAAUGGGUUAUAGUUUACCUUCAGUCUCUGAUAACUUGGUUAUUGAAAUGCGCGUCAGACAGUGUCAUUUAAAUAUUGGUGUAGUGGUCGUGUUGACUAUGAAUAUUACCAACGGUUCCAGAAAUUCCAAUUUAGUUAUCCUGUAUACUCUAUGUCAAAAUUGUAAUUAUCGGUAUCUGGUAUAGUAAAAUUUUUGUUUAUUUGAUGACUUUUCUAAUUUAUGCCAUGUAGCUAGUUCAAUUCUCUUCAUUCACGUUUUUUCUUUGUAUGAUUUCUCCAAUUAAGUAGCUUAUAGAUGAAUUCCUAAGUAUUUCUAUUGAGAAAUAUAUAUAGGCUUAUAUGCAGACCAUUUAGGUCCAUAACCUUGUAAUUUCUCUACACUUUUUUCGAUCCCUUGCUUUUUCUCUCCAGCUCUGAUUGUUUCUCUAUGUAAGAUCUUCUUCCACCACUUCCCUUCACCGUUUAUUUGGUCUACCUCUUUUCUUCUUGUCCUCUGGUAUCUUCCAUGCAACUCAUUUCAAGAGACUGUCUUCGUCCAUUCGUUCUUAGUGAACUAGCCAUUGUAAUCUUUUUGUCUUUAAAAAUGCACUGAUUGGUGCCUCAUUGAAAAGUAUAUAAAUUUCAUGAUUUGAUUUUUUCUUUGAUCUUGAGAAAUAUUGAUGUUGAAUUUAAUAGGGAAACAUGUUUUCAAGUAGAUUGAAACUGGUAGGUUGGAACUGUAGAUUGAAUUUAGUGAGAUCCUCCACUGCACUGGUUAGAGAUAUAUCUUAACUGUGAGGUUUGGUAUUUUCAUUUUAUUGUAAAAGGGAGGUAGAAUCACAUAUGUUAUCCUUAAGGCCUGAUUUAUAUUAGGAAAAUAGUCGAGGAAUAUUUUUUUCUGUAAAUAUUACAUGUGUCUUAAAGCAAUCUUGAAGUUGUUUUAUAGUCUAUUAUUUUUUCUCGGAUUGUUUUAUCAAAUUUCACGAACAUUCUUUACUUUUGAUGUUUACCCAAACAACAAAAUGCUGUUCAUUUUUUUAUUCUAAUAAAUUCUAUCGGUUUAAUGUACAUAAUUUAUUUGUAAUAAAAUUGUUGAACAAAAA